UGGCAAUUUUUCAGACAUUGAUCGAGUGCAAUACCUGUUGUUUCCGAGCUUAAACUUUUUGAAUUUUUUGUGAAAAUGCAUCCAGAGUCCAUUUACGGCAAUGGCUCCUGUUGCGAAAUUGAGCGCCGAAGAUCACGAUACACUUCAUCACGUAAAGAGUUCGACAUACCUACAAUACGUGAAUCAUUGCAGAAUCCGGGAGUUUCUCUCAUUCGAACCCUUUUUGGGCAAAGAGAAAUUCCAAGAAAUGAUGAGGUUUCGUGGUAUUGGGCCUGCUGUUAAGAAUUUCGCGGUUGAUUUCAAGAGGCCUAUGAAAUUUCCUGAUUCCGUAUGAGCUCGACUUAAUCCUCUAAGAUGCUUUUUCCAGAUUGAGGCUGAUGGAAUGAAUAGUUGAUUGUCGCAAGUCAUAUCACUGAAGUCUUUCCAGAUCGCUAUGUUACUAUUACGUCUAUGUGGUCUUUGGUCCGACAAGUCAAUGUUGCAAACUUUAAAACCAGUGUGUUAUUCUUUGAUUAUGGUCGAAAUGUACCAGCGAAUUUGCUUGAGGCUGGGGGUGUCUAUCAGGAUUUCUAUGAAGCUUUGAAAGAACGAUCAGCACGGGAAGUGGUGAUAGCUGAAAAAUGGGAGAAAGAACAUCCCAAAAAAUCAAGAGCUGUGCUGUAAUAAUUCAGCGUCAAUUGGGAAGGGCCAAUAUGUUGGUCAAGUUGGCAAUGUUUGUGUAUGCACUUUUGCAAUAGUUAAGUUUUGCAUUUUACGGCAAGAGGCGUUCGUCAGUAAUGUUCAGGAGAUAUACGCUGGCACGCAGAAAUGUUUCCGGAUUU